AACCUCAACACCAAAAGCGCCUCAGGACAACCACGUGAUCGAGCCCACUAACACCACUAGCGAGUCCAAUCAAACCCGGAAAACCCCGAGUCACAAAGAUGCCGAGCCGCAGCUACAUCACCGACCACCCGAAACCGCUGCACACCACCACCCGCCACUGCCCCAACGCGACCAUCACCACUGGCCGGAAGUCAGAGCAAUGGUCAACUCCGGACCCCACAUCAAAGGAACGGGGAAGAAGGACGGAAGCACAGCAGAGCUUCGGCCGUCCGACCCCAUCGCUGUCGAACAACCGAAGCACCUUUCACCCGACCGAGUCCGCCGCAGUCCUCCGCCCACCGCCGCCCCACCUCUGCCAUCACCACUGGCCGGAGGCAAAACGAUGGUAAUUCCCAAGCCCAUCGAAGGGGAAAAGGAAAAGAACAGAGAACGCGGCGGAACUACGACACCCGCCUCCCUUCACCACUCGCCGGAAAACCGAAAAAGCCCACUGGUCGGCCAAAAAAUACCGACUCAAUCUAAAGAAGAGGCUAACCUGAGCGAGCGAAAGGAGAACGCGAGAAGCCGGGCGAAGGCCAGGCGGCCAUUGAUGACCACCGUUUCGAGCUUAAUUGCCGCUGAGGAAGGCCAAUCGACUCUGGGUUGAAGGCGGACGAGCGGCGAUUAGGUUUGGGAGAAAGGGGAUCCGCUGAGUGUUCAAUUAGAUUUAUGAAGAAAAUUUUAAAUUUUUCCCAAUACUUUUAUGUUUUUGUUACAACAAAUAUAUUAUUAUAAAAAAAUUACAGAUUAGAAAAUAACUUUAAAAAAAUACGCACUCUUCGUCAGCGCGGUGACGCGGUCUAAUGGUGGUCUCCGGCGGCUUCAUUCAAGAGAUUGGUAAGGCCGUCAAGGCGGUGGCCAAAGGCAAAGGCUCAAAAUGGUGGUACACUCCUCACGUGUCCGCCGCCUCUCGCGCCGUCGCCGAUCGUCUGCCGCUGGUCGAUCUUGUUGUUGAAGUCAGAGAUGCCAGGAUUCCCUUGUCAUCAAAAUAUGAGCAACUGAGUAAAUUUCCAGCUUCCUUCAAUCGCGUGAUUGUGCUGAAUAAGAUGGACCUUGCUAGCCGGUCCCGAAUGAAGGAUUGGAUUAAAUUUUUCCAGGAACAGAAAUGUAUGGCCUUUGCUGUGAAUUCACAUAACAGGGAUAAUAUCAAGGAGUUCCUGACCUUUCUACAAGCCAGAGUUCGAGAGUUGAAGAAAAACGACGAAGCAGCUCAUACUAUAACAUUAAUGCUCGUCGGUAUUCCUAACGUCGGGAAAUCAGCUUUAACCAACUCUUUACACCAGGUUGGGAGGAUUUCUGCAGCAGAGAAAGGGAGGUUAAGACACUCUGUUGUGAGUCCAUUGCCUGGAGAGACAAAAGGCAUAAGCAGCUUAAAGAUUGCUAGCCAUCCUAAUAUAUAUGUCCUAGACACACCUGGUGUAUUGCCACCCAAUGUGAUUGAUGAUGAAGUCUGCUCUAAGCUUGCUUUAACAGGAGCUAUCAAUGACGAUGUAGCUGUCCGGACAAAAGACAGAAGGGGCAAUAUCCAACUGAUCACACCCAGGUCCACACUCGUAUUCAGUUGUGAACUUGAGCCUGAUUUUGUCGUAAAUAGUGUACGGCGGGCACUUUUUGAUUCGGUUUCAUCUUUUGCUGGUUGUGUAGAAAAUGAAGAAGACCUAGUUCGAUUAAAAGAACACGAAUUCGAGGAUUUGGGUUCAGAAUCCUUUCUUCUUCGACCAAAAUCUCGCCCACAUCAGAGAAAUCCGAGCCAAAAAUUCCUCCCCAUUGAUGCCUUUACUCGCUCGCCGUCGCACCAGCGUUCACACCGAGCAGCUCCUGCACGUCCACACGCCCAGAGUUCUGUUCACACCGAGCAGAUCCCAGCAGUCGCCGGCGGUUCUCUUCAGCCGCGAACAUCCAUGGCCAAGACCAACACCCUCCCUGAUUCACCGAUCGUAUGUUUUGGUUAGCAUUUAAAAAAAAAAAUGUUGUGACUAUCCCAUCCAACAUUGGUUGUGGCUUUCUGGCGAAAAGGUAGGAGGAAUUGGUUUCUGGCCGGUGAAAAAUAAGGUCUUUCUGGGAUGUGAGAUUUCCGCCCUCUUUCUGAAUGAGAUAGUAUUGGCUUAUCCAUUUGCUUCCCUUCUAUGCUUGACAUAAGGACUGGGAUUUCACCUAUUGAUCUUGCCACAAAUUUUUGACUUCUAUUUUUCUCACUUCUCACUGUCCGAGCACGUCCAAGAAGCCGGGGCCGUCUCUGAUCAGAGAGCCCAACUUUGCAGCGGCAACAUUUUACUGAAUAUUGCAAAUUUAGUAUAUGAAUAUUUUUUCUGAGUAUAUAUGCAG